AUGUCUGACGACAAUACUCGUCGCCACUGGCAUGGAAACCCAGGCGAUCGUCAUGAGCACCACAAUGUUUGGAUGAACGGCGGCGCAAAGGGUCCCAGCUCGCGAGCUGCAUGGGCAAUGCCAGAGGGUACUAUCUCCGACAGAAGAGACUCAACCACCUCAACCUCCUCAAACAACAACUCCAACACCAACGCCUCCCCAAGUAUCCCCAGCCUCAGCGACCGACGUCGCUCCAGCGCCAGCUCCUCGGGUGGUGGUCUCUUCGCCAAUCUGCAAUCCCAGAAGCGGGAGUCUAAUACAAGUGCCGAUAUGGCCAAUCGUCGUGCGAGCUGGGCUGAGCAGGCUUCCAAGGGUGGUGCAUUCUCGAAGUGGUGGGAUGGAUAUACGCGUGGCACGAAGUAG